AUGUCGGGGCGACGACCGCAGGCCAGCAACAGCGGCGGGGGAGGCGGUCGCGGCGGUGCGACUGCUGCAGCUGCGAUGCCCAGCCGACUCGUCUCUGGCGGCCCAUCGCACGCCUCCACCACCAGCAGCAGCACUGGUAGUCGCACUAGUAGAAAUAGUGGUAGUAGUAGUAAUGGUAGCAGUAGUAUUAGCCACGGUGAUGGCAGUAUCAGCAGUAGCAAUGCGAAUAGUAUGGCGCGUGCUUCACAAGUUCCGCGCGGCCGAAUGAUGAUGCUGCCGCAAACAACCGACUCGACGUCCACGUCCACGUCCACUUCCACUUCCACCGCAUCCGUCGCAGCUAGUCUGUCGCAGUUGUCGCUGUCGGACGGCGCCAUCGCUGUUGCAAGCCCGACUGCAGCCACCGACAGUCCCCGCAAGCCGCUUCCCAUUCCAACGACGCUCGCUUCCUCCUCCUCCAGUGCCAACGCAAACUCUGCCAUCAUGAAUUCGUCAGUAUCGUCGUCGUCGUCAUCAUCAUCGUCGUCGUCGUCUUCUGUGGUUCCGGGCGCGGGUCCUGCGCAGAGUCGUGCCAAUUCAACCGCAACCAGGACAAGUUCAAAUCACGAAUCAAUCGUCGUUCGGCAGAGUCACAUCACAGCGACAGCCGCUCCGACCCAGCGAUCCAACAACACCGGAUUGCCAGCCGCGACGAUGGUACUACCACCAUCAUCAUCAUCAUCAUCAUCGUCGUCGUCGUCGGGCGCUGGAGCUGGAGUGCUCAGCCCGUCCUCAAGAACCACUGCGGUUGAGCCAAACCGACGCGCUACCACAACUGGUGCUGCUGGUGCUACUGCUGCUGCUGCUGCCUCUGGGGCAAUCCCAAGGUCAGGAACGCCGGUUCAAGCACCGAGCUCGGCACCAGCGGGUGUUGGAAGCAAGCUGGCCGCAUCCUCCAAUGUUCGGGUGAAAACCACCACACCUGCAGCAGCAAUCUCUGGUGUGCCACGAUCGCAGACAACCUCCGUCGCCGCCCGGCUGACGGCCAAACCUAUGAGCCAGCCGACGGUUCUGCCAGCGCUGCCGCCUUCCCGCACGACUGGCCGCAGAUUCACCUCGGCUGUAGACCACAUCAAUGACGCCGAUCCAGCGGGCCAUGGUGGCUCACGCAAGCAGCUCAUCUCUGGCGGCAAUACGAGCUUCAAACCGCGCUCCAAAACGAUCGACUCGACUCCCACACCAUCCUCGACAAGCUCACCAGUUAGCAACAGCACUCCCGUCAACGGAACUUCUGCCAAUGGAACACCCGUCAACGGAACUCCUUACAGCAAUACAACACCUGCCGAAUCGCCAGUCACAACGCCAAGCUGGGCCAACAACGCGCCAUCCGCCACGCAGAUAUUCACGGCCGCUCUGAGUUCUCCACAGGCGCAACUUCCGACGCAGACAGCUAUCUCAUCUCCGCAGUCUGCGUCGGCAAUCAACGCCGAGGCAAUUCAUCCACCAGCUCGAAGAGUGCCUUCCGCGCCAGUGCAAACAUCGGUCGCCUCCAAAGGAGCCGCACCAUCCAAGCCGCUCCCGGGUCUCAUUUCAGGAGGUGACCCCAGCACACGGCGGCCUCAUGUUGCAUUUUCGACAGAGCCGUCCAGCGCGAAUGGCGCUUCGGUCAAGCCUGCAGCUGCGGCGGCAAACGACGCUAUUGUGAGCUCGGGGCUCUCCCGAGUCGAGACGGACAACAUUUACCGUCCAAGAACGCGCACUUUCAGCGCUUCCGAUAACAAGCAAGAAAGUUCCUCACACGGUGAUUCUGAAACUGUCAUAGCUCCACCUCCGCGUAGCUAUCGGCAGCGCGCAAUGACCGCUGAAUCUGCACCCGCGCCGCCUGCUUGGGUGAUGAAUUCGGCCAACUCGGCAGAGUCUGUGUUUGAUGAGGAUCUCAAAGGGCAUGAUUCUCCCAGCUCUCGCAAAGUUGCCUUCGCCGUUCCGUCGACCAAUCCCUCAGCUCCCCCGCGACCACUGGCCAAAUCUUUCAGUGUGGUGCCGCAGUCGGCGCCAGUUGUGCCACCCGCACUGCCUCCAAAACCCAAGAUAAUGCAGCGCUCAGCCUCCGCGGCCGCGGAGGACUUGUUGUCAGUGUCGGACGACUCGGCUGAGGCCAGUCCCACCAAGGUUUCCACUUCUGGCUUCUCGCUCGAUCAACAAGCAGCGGCUCUUCGGCGCGCGAAAGCUGACUCGCAGUCUCAGGCAUCGUCUCGCUCUGCUUCCUUCCGCAGUUUGCCUCCCGGCGCCUCGCUGAAUCGACCGCCUGCGCCUCCACCACAGGAUUCAUCCCAUGGCAUUUCGCUGCCCCAGAAUUUGCGCACUUCCCAACUCCCCGUCGCAAAACCGCAGCCAGCCCCUCGUCGUCCCCCACCAGCCAUGUUGCCGUCCAGACCCAAGCGCCCGUUGCCCGUGCCAGGCACUGCGCCUCCUUCGCACCCUCUUCCUCCAGCCCCUACUGCCGCUCCUUCCAAUCUUCCUCAGCCAGUGUCGGCUGCACACCAACCUUUGGCGAAUCCACCAGCUCAGGCAACCUUCCACCCAUCCUCUCAUCCAUCUUCACCGCCGUCGACAAACGGGCUUCACGCCCCGCGCUCGCGUGUGCAGCAGUAUGCUGGAGACCAAUUGUUUGAUUUUGCGGUCGUGGUGGCGCUCCAGCCAGCUUCUGGAUCAGACUCUUCCUCGUCCAAUCGCUGCGGCUUGGUAGCCAAGAUUGCGCGCCAUAUUCCGGAUGACCUUGACGAAUUGACUCGGUCACAAAUUGGCGCGGUUCCGCAAUUCUGCUUCCCUGACGUUGAAGAGUGGGAUUAUCGAUCCUCAUAUGCGAGCGAGACCUUUUCGUUUGUCCUGACGGAUGGCGAAGGGCACAAGCGGUUUGCCUAUUGCCGGCGACUGUUGCCGCCUGGAAACGGACCGAGGUUGGCUGAAGUCUACUGUCUCAUUUCGCCAAUAGGCUGCUUCUCCCUCUUUGAGGCUAUUUUGAAUGUAGUGGACGAGCGCCGACGUGUUUCACUCCAUGCGGUUGAUGCAUUCCUGCGCGUCGUCUCUACUGCUGCGUUUCCGCAGCCAGGACAGGCGCUUGUCAUUACGACGGAUAAUGUCACUGGUGACGGCGAAGAAGAGUUUACCUUGUGUCCACCGGGUGACUUGGCCAGGCUGGAGCAAGUCCACUACACUCCCUUGUUUGACGCUCUUGGAAUCACGGGUGUGCUGCAAGUGUUUGCCGCCCUCACUCUUGAGCGUCGCGUGCUAUUCUGCGCAUCCAGCUUGACCACGCUUUCGGCCUGCGUGCAUGCUGCGACGGCUCUUCUCUAUCCGUUCAGUUGGCAGAACGUCUACAUUCCUGUGCUGCCGCACGCACUGUUGGACUUUGUCUGCUCGCCCAUGCCGUUUGUGAUUGGCAUUUUGUCGUCGUGCAAGCCGCUGCUGCAAACAAUGCCCAUGGAGUCGGAAGUGUUGAUUGUCGACCUGGACUCUGGCAAGUUUUUAGCCCAAGUGGGCGAUGAAACCCAACUCUUGCCGGCCAACCAGCUGGUGCUCUUGAAACGGCAUCUCGUCAGUGCUCUUUCAACGGGCAUCAAGGGGUCACCUUCAAAUGCCCAGGAACGCGAUCAGAUGAUUGGCAGUGCCUUCCUUCGCUUUUUCGUUGACGUGCUGCGCUCCUACCGUCGAUGUCUGCGCAAGAAGGCCGACACCUUCAUUUUUGAUAAGCGCACUUUUCUAUCGACUGCUCCCCGCACCGACGUUCCUUUCUUGACCCGCUUCCUCGAGUCGCAAAUGUUCGACGUGUUUAUUGCCGAGCGCGAGGACACAAUUUCGGCGUUGGCUCUUUCUGACGGUGUCUUUGAGAAGCGGCUGUCGCAGAUUGACGUGUUGCUCGAGCUCCGCUGA